UUCGGAGAGAUCAGCUAGCGAGGAAGAGUUAAUUCAAGAAUCAAAGAGUGAUGUCUUCUCACGGCAACCCAUCGUCGGCGAACGAUCCACGCCAGCCAUCGGCUGCUCGGCCUUACGUCCCUGCGGUAAUUUCAACUCAAGAUCUACCGAUUGACUAUUACGGUUUCAUCGCUGUAGUCUUCGGCAUAGCCGGCGUCAUGUUCAGGUAUAAGCUUAGCUCGUGGCUUGCGAUUGUUUUCUGUGCCGAAUCGCUCGCUAACAUGAGGAAUAUCGAAACUGAUCUCAAGCAGAUAUCCAUGGCCAUGAUGUUUGCUAUCAUGGGAUUGGUGACAAACUACAUGGGGCUUGCUCGACCAGGCACGAAAGGUUGAUAGUUGGAUCAGAGAUUGAAGAAAAAAUUGUUGUACUGUGGCAUUAAUCUUUUUUGUUUGAUGAGGAAAUCUUAGCGGACUAUUGAAAUGCAAUGCAAUGUUAUGAAUUUCGAGAGAUUUCUAAAGUUGAAAUUCACAUUUUCCCUUGCUUCGGAAUAUGUUGUCUGAUUGUUACCUUGUUAUUUUGAUUGGUUAAAUGGUGGUCAUUCUGGGAUCUGAGAGAGAAGUUAUGAACUUUUACCUUGGAACUACUGGUUGAUCGAAGACUUAUGAUUCUGAACUUUUAAUAUAGGACGCAUUAGCUA